GCCAGUCAUCACCGGCUACUCCCGCAUCGUCAACGGCGAGGAAGCGAUGCCGGGCUCCUGGCCCUGGCAGGCGUCCAUGCAGAACAACACUGGUUUCCACUUCUGCGGCGGCUCCCUCAUUGACCCUUACUGGGUUGUGACAGCUGCUCAUUGCAAAAUCAGCCCCUCGGAGCACCGUGUCAUUUUGGGUGAGCAUGACCAAAGCUCCAGCUCCGAAAAGAUCCAGACAAUGACCAUCGCCAAGGCCACCAACCAUCCCCAGUGGGACGAAGAAACCAUCAACAAUGACGUUGCGCUCAUCAAGCUGUCCCAGCCUGUUCAGAUGACCGAUGGCGUCUCACCCGUCUGUCUCUCCUCCACCUCUGACAACUUCCCUGCUGGCCUGAACUGUGUCACGUCUGGUUGGGGCAAGACUAACAUUUUUGACUCCAACACACCCCCAAAGCUGCGACAGACCGCUCUGGCAAUUAUGGCAACCCCCACCUGCCAGCAGAUGUGGGCCAACGUGCAGAAAAUCACCGACGUCAUGAUCUGUGCUGGUGGUGCUGGAGCUUCUUCGUGCAGGUGUGACUCUGGCGGCCCCCUGGUGUGCGAGAAGGACGGCGCAUGGAACCUCGUGGGGAUCGUGUCGUGGGGCCAUAGCUCGUGCUCCACCAGCAUGCCGGCCGCGUACACACGCGUCACCGCCAUACGCAGCUGGAUCGACCAGACCAUUGCCGCCAACUAGGAAUUAUAUGAAGCAGUGAUAUUCUUUGAAGCGAUACAUCUUCAAUUUAAAACAACAUCUCUAUAAUUACCAUGACUUCACAUGAUACGGAUAGACACAUAGUGCAUCCAGAGACACAUGUACAAAUGUGUUCAUUGUGUUGAUUGUUAUUGAUUGACAAAUAAA